AGGACAAUGAUGCUAUCUCGUUAAAGGAUAUAGAAAAGAUCCUCAACACAGCCAGAAGAGGGGAACAGAAUCCUCUGCCAUGGUGCAAAUAGGACUCCACCUCCUGCCACUGGUCCUUUGGCUUGGCACAGAGGAAAAGCUCCAAGUUCAAGGCCACAGAACAAAACCAGCUCAAACACCUUUGAUCCCUCAUCUGCCUUUUGUUAUAAUCUGGAACGCCCCUACCGAGUCAUGUCGCCUUCGAUUUAAGGUGGAUCUAGACCUCAGCAUUUUUGACAUUGUAGCAAACCUUAAUGAGACAUUAAGUGGGCCGAAUGUCACAAUAUUUUACCAUGGUCAUCUGGGAUACUACCCAUACUAUUCCAACUCAGGUGUUCCUAUCAAUGGUGGCCUGCCACAGAACCAGAGCAUUUCCAAACAUCUGAACAAGGCCCGAGUAGAUAUUGACAAGCUAAUACCACACAAGGAUUUUCGAGGGCUCGGUGUCAUUGACUGGGAGAACUGGAGGCCUCAGUGGGUACGAAAUUGGGGUUCCAAAGACAUCUACCGUAAAAAGUCCAAGGAACAGAUCCACAAGCUCCACCCACACUGGCCAGAAAGCAAAGUGGAAAAAGAAGCAAAGGAUCGUUUUGAAAAGUCAGGGCAAGCUUUCAUGAAUCUCACUUUGGCACUGGCUGAAGUUCGGAGACCAGACGGUCUGUGGGGGUUCUAUCUUUUUCCAGACUGUUACAACUAUGGCUACAAACAACACCCACAAUGCUAUACCGGUGAAUGUCCCAAUGUUGAACAUGUACGCAACGACCAUUUAAUGUGGCUCUGGAAAAAAAGCACAGCCCUCUACCCAUCCAUCUACCUGGACUUUGAGCUGAAAUCUUCCUCAAACACCAUCAAGUUUGUUCACUAUCGAGUGAAAGAAGCCAUGAGGAUUGCAACCAUUGCACGUUCAGACUACACACUGCCUGUCUUUGUCUAUUCCAGACCUUUUUAUGCCUACACCUUUGUUGUGCUUUCAAAGAGUGACUUAGUUCAUACCAUCGGGGAGAGUGCUGCUUUGGGAGCAUCAGGUGUUGUCCUCUGGGGAUCAUCAGAGUAUGCUCGGUCAAAGAGGAACUGCCUUACUGUAAAGAAGUACAUUGAUGGACCGUUAGGACAUUAUGUCAUAAAUGUCACCGCAGCAGCUAAAUUAUGCAGCAAAGCACUUUGCAAGAAGAAUGGAAGAUGUGUCCGAAAGAGCCUGGACUCACGUUACUAUCUCCACCUCAACCCACGCUACUUUCACAUCCACCAUAACUCGGCCCCUGGUGGCCCUCGUUUUGAGGUAAGGGGUCACCUCAACAGCCAUGACAUCCUGGACAUGAGGCACAAGUUCACCUGCCAGUGCUACCAGGGCUGGACUGGUGUUUACUGUGAGAUCCCACAGACUCAGCCACCACCUCUAUCCCCUCCUGUCCUAAUUACACACCUCUGGGGCAAAAGCCUGGUGGCACAUAUUAUGCUCCUCCUUUCUGUCCACUUCCCCUGUCUGUGCAUGAUCAUGUUCUUGGGGCUCUGUCUGGUCAUAAAAGGUCUUAUUCUGUAGAUGUUAC